AUGAAGGACAUAACAGCAAAAGAGAACGAGGACACUGGCGAUGCUGAUCCCCUGGCUGUUAACAAGGUCGUGAAAGGAGCAAAGACAGGAAGUCUAGACGAGCCUAUCCCUCUUAAUCGGGCUGGCUUGAUUGAAGCUGUCAAAGGUGUUCAACCGACACUCUUCGACUCAGCAGCAGCCUCUAUAGUAAAGAAGCUGUGUGAGAUAGAUGCUACGAUAGUCUCUUUGGAAAACUCAACUUCCACUGAAG